UAAAAUUAAUUAAAAGUUGAAAGCCAAUAAUGCUUACAGCUUAAGGAAACUGCAGUUGUCGUCGACAUUGAAAUCUUGUCCGCGUCCCAUUCGACUUUAUAUACAGCUUUUGUGCUUUUUCUAUCAAACACAUAUUUUCUUUGGUAAGUGAUAAUUGAUAAGAUUUUGUUGCAGACAGAUAUUGAAGAUCUGAAUCCCAGUGCAUAAUGGAUUCUUUCUUCACCAAAGGUUUCAAAGCUGCAAAAUGUAAAACCCUAUUGAAAUUGACGAUUCCUCGUAUCAAACUACUGAGGAAUCGUAGGGAGAUUCAGCUGAAGCAGAUGAGAAAAGAAAUAGCUAAGUUACUAGAGACUGGUCAGGAAGCUACUGCUCGAAUUCGGGUAGAGCAUAUCAUAAGAGAGGAGAAAAUGAUGGCAGCACAGGAGAUAGUUGAGCUGUUUUGCGAGCUUAUAUCUGUUCGUCUUCCAAUUAUCGAAGCACAAAGGGAAUGCCCGAUAGAUCUGAAAGAAGCUAUUUCAAGUGUUUGUUUUGCUGCACCAAGAUGUGCAGAUCUUCCAGAACUGCUGCAGGUUCAGAUGAUGUUUGCCGGUAAAUAUGGGAAGGAAUUCAUUGCUGCUGCUACAGAGCUCAUGCCAGAAUGUGGUGUCAAUCGCCAGUUGAUAGAGCUGCUGUCUAUUCGAGCUCCUGCUCCUGAUGUGAAAAUGAAGCUGCUAAAGGAAAUUGCGGAGGAGCAUGAGCUAGAUUGGGAUCCAAGUGCUUCUGAAACUGAGCUGUUGAAGUCACAUGAGGACUUACUGAAUGGGCCUACACAAUUUGUUAGUGGGGCUAAGGUGCCUCUUCCCAAAGAAAGGUUUGAUGAGGUGCAGCACUUUUCAUCAGAUCAAGCCUAUGAUAAACAAACUGAAUCUGAGGCUGAUUUUGACUCAUUCGAUUUUCCAGAAGUCCCUAAGCAGCAGCCAGUACGACCUAGCACCGGUGGAGUUUCAUCCCCUGAAAUGCUUCCUUUCCCCGCCUCUGCACUAUCUGACUUCGAUGAUGACUACAUAGCUAAGCCUUCUGAAGACGGUGAGUUCAAAUCUCACAAACAAAAUGUGGAGCGAGAUGAAGUUUUGCAAGAGAAGGUAGUUUCAAAAGAUGUUGGAUCAGGUGACACUUCAUCUGCACCUGAAGAGGAGAAACAGUUUUUGCCGUUCAUGGUUCCCCCGCCAAAAUCAUCUCCAUUCUCCUCAACAGAAAGUGCCACAACCCAAAGUACUCAACCUCCCUCUACUACAAAGACCAAAGAUGAGAUUAAUGUAGAUUUGCAAGAUGUAUUGGCUGCUGCCCAAGCUGCGGCUGAAUCAGCUGAACGUGCAGCUGCUGCUGCUCGCUCAGCAGCUAGCCUUGCUCAUGUUAGAAUCAGUGAGCUUACCAGGAAAAGGAGCGAAGAGGUGCCUGUAAGCUCCAGUGAGAACCCAUUUUAUGCUGAGAAACAAGAACCUCACAUCCAACAUCAAUUAUCAAACUCUGAUGGUAUCCCGAGCCCACAUGGUAGCCCAUUGGAGCAUCAGGUGUUGAAUAUUCCUUCGUACGAUGAUUCAACAGUAGGUUUGGAGUCUCCCAUCUCAUCCCAUAUUCAUCAUCCUGGUCAGGGGACCGGUCUUCACCGACCACAGAGAUUGCCUUCCCUGGACGAUGAAACAUAUUAUUCAUAUCCUAACUUGUUUAAUGCAACAAAUGGCUCUAAUCCCAGUUCUCGUUCACAGUCGUUCAAAGAUAAUAUCAAGUCCAGCCAUGAUAAGUGAAGUGUAUUUCUCUACUCUUUUGCAAGCUCUGGUUUGUUUGCUGGUUGUCAGUUUGAGAUUCUCUUGUUUAUUCUAUACCCCUUUUGUCUGUAGUACAUUCAAAGGAUCCUUGUAUGUUAAAGAGUAUGCAGUUCAAGAAUUUGCUUGUAAGAAAUUUUCUCUGGAGUACAAAAUAAUAAGGGAAAUGAUCAAUGUAUCACUGAG